AUGUGUAUGGCUUCCUGCAUGAUUCGUCUUGCACUAAUCCUGUCGACGCUUGCUGCAGCCGUCCAUGGCCACAUCCUGAGCACUACUCUUGCCAAAGCCAAGGCUGGUGAAUGGGUUGGUCUGGAAGGUUCCGAGGAAUCCAUGAUCAAGGUUAUCAAGGCUAGCAAGGUCGCUAAAGAAGGAAACCUCGAUUUUAAAACCGCUGAGGACUACUGCAGGAGAGAAGGCGCUCAUUUAGUGUCAGUCAGAAACAAGGACGAGCAGGAGUUCAUAGCAGGUCUAGUAGUCUCACUCUAA